UAUAUUGAUCCAGACUCGUUGAUCCACAGCUUUUGUGUCAGGAUGCUUUCUGCGGUGUGUAAUUGUUUAUCCGUUGUUUUUGGCUGAAGAUAUUUGGCGGCUUUAAUGUUCCGUGCAACUAAUCUAAAAACCAUCGGCAAAGCGGGCACCAGCUGGCACUUUCGCCGGACAAUGGAUGAGCUGGUCCAUGACUUGGUAUCGGCACUGGAAGAGAGUUCAGAACAAGCUGUACGCGGUGCUUUUGGCGAUGGAGGAGACCAUGCAUUGGCUGUGGGCUGCCUGCUGAAGAGGCAGGCUCGGAAAAGAAGGGGCAGAAAGCGACGCUCAGACAAUCCUCACCCGCCAUGGGAAACAGGCCACCUCAGCGAGGGUUCAGAGUCCAGUGUGGAUGAACACAAGGACUAUCGCACCAAUACAGGAGGCGUCUCUGCUGCCAACAGCCAUGCCCGAGACAACAGCGACUCAGAUGAACAGUUUGGUCCCAAACGCCGCACACCCCUCAGUGCUGACAUGGGACGAAGCAAGCGCCCACUCUGGCAGGAUGACCUGGGACUUCUUGGUUCAGCUGAAGGAACCCGCAGCCUCAGACGGCGGCGUAAGGUGAAACGCAUGGCUAUAGACCCGCCUUUGGAUUCAGGUACCCCCUCUUCCACCCUCUUGGGGCCCCCGCCCGUCCCCAAAGCCCCUCUUGGCAGCCGGCUGCACAGAGUGGGUGUAAGUGAGGGCAGGAGUUCUAUGGAGAUCUGCGGCGGCAGCCUGAUUGGUCCAGGGGGAGGGAAGAACAGGAUGAAGAAGAGGAAGCUGACGAAUCACAGGCUGGGAUUAGAGGCUGCAGAUGAAGGGGUGGUGGUGGAGAGUGAGGACCCCUUCUCAUCUCCAACAGAAGGGUCCAAAGACAAAAUGGAGUUGGAAGAGCAGAAGGGCUCAGAUGAGGACAUGAGUGACAGGUGCGAGACCAGCAGUGUCAGCAACAGCAGUGAUGGAGGUCUCUACACUAAUGAUGAAGGGAGGCAAGGUGACGAUGAGCAGAGCGACUGGUUCUAUGAGGGCGAGCCGGGCUCUGGUUCGGGUCCUGGAGGUGCGUGUGGAAUAGCAGGAGUGGUUCCCUGGUGGGAGAGGGAGGCUGUGUCAGAGGAACUAGAGCUAGUUGAUCCUGUCUUCAACAGCAUCCUCACGGGGUCCUUUCCCCUCAUGAGCCCUGCAGCACAGAGAGGAUUUCAGGCACGGUUGAAUCGUCUUCAUGGGAACCCCCAGGUCUCAGAGGGGGUGCAGGUUGGAACCAGUCAGGGUUUCAAUAGCAGACUGAACAGGCAGACCCAGGACUCCCACGAGCCCUGGUUUAGCUCAGCAUCUAGAAGAGAACAGUUGCACUGGGACCCACGGACAGACCGAGGACAUCGAAGAAGCUGUUCUGUAAAAACAGCCAGCAGACAGACCAGUGGUCACCUCGGCUCUUUGUGUACAGGGGACGUCAAGCGUAGACGAAAAGCAGCCCCCCUUGGCUCUACCAUCCCCUCAGGUGUCGUCGGGGAGUCUUCUCCGAUCCCAGAGACGAACAUGGGGAACCGUAUGUUACAGAGCAUGGGAUGGACUCCAGGGAUGGGCCUGGGUCCAGAGGGAAGAGGCAUCACCGAGCCCAUCCGGGCCUCACAGAGGCCGAAGGGGACUGGUCUAGGCUUCAACUGAACCUCUGAUCUCUGGAUCCUGAACCCAAAGCAGGCUUCAAGAAGACGUCCUCCGAGCUAAAGGUGGGCGGAGAGUAACUGCUGCCACGUGGAUGACAAGAAAGUGCUGAAGGAAGAAAAAAAAAAAGCUGCUGAUGAAUUAAAACUUGCCCAUAUUGGGCAAACCGUUAAAGGCCGAGGAUGUGACUGAAAUCAAGCUUGAGAAAAAACGCACAGAAGUUUUCUUCAUGUUGGAGAAAAAAAAUGACAUACAUGCCGUCUUUCACCUUUUACCUCAGACGCCACCGAGAGCAGCACCAACACAUGAUGAUGAUCUUGCGGUUUCACUUCAAUCAGCGGUAUAUUGGUUAGUUACUUCAUGUCCCGAUUUCUACAAGAAAUUUGUAAUCAAGAUUCAUUUUUAAAUUGGUUGUUCCCCAAGACUCUGUCAUGGUUUCUUUUUGCUGCAGUGUUGUUACUAUACACUGUAGCGAUGUUGGGAUAUCUGGAUGUUUAUUCCAUCUAUUUUUAUUGUUCAUUUCCUGCAGAAUUAUUUUAACUAUGCUACAGUUGAGAAAAAAUGGAGCCCUUCCUUUGUAUUUGGCACCGUUGUGCAUCCUUGCAGCAGUUUCCUGCAGAGUUUUAAGAAUGCCUGUCACAAUGCACAUUUAACAGCGUUUUAAAUGUUAAUCAAUUUUUAAACAAGCGUGCUGUUUUGUAAAUUGAUUUAGCCUGUCGGGUGAUUUGGCCGACAACUGUGGUUAACUGGGAGAAAUAUUAAUUACAGGAGAAAGAUUAUAGUAUGUGAUUCAGUAUGACAAAAUCUCUAGAAAUGUACUGCUGCAGUUUGAUUUGUUUCUGUCACACAUCUUUUGAUGUAAUCACGACAUGCUAGACAGACAGUUAUGACUGCUGAACAAAGCAGCAGGUGAGCUGUUUAAAAAAAAAAAAAAAAAAAAUCUUACUGAAGACUAAGUUAUUUUCAUGAAUUAAAUAUUUGAUUGUUUUUGCCAUAGAAUGUUUUAGUUUAGAAGAUAUGAGAACAUGGCCAACAGUGUCCAAGCUAGUAUUGUUCAAUGUUUUGUCUGAAUUUCUCUCCAAACCUCAGAUGUUCAAUUCAUAACAUAAAUAAAGCAACAAAUUCCCAUUGA